AGGUGAUACUUGUAACGCCCUUCCGGGGUGACGUCACGCGGAAAGUCAAGUGCGCAGGUGGAACGUUUCCUCCCCGCACAUACUCUCUCUCUCUCUCUCUCUCUCUCUCUCUCUCUCUCUCUCUCUCUCUCUCUCUCUCUCUCUCUCUCUCUCUCUGUGUGUUUGUGGAUCAGUUUCGUUCAGCCACCCGAGUGAGGUGGUGGGAAGAAAAGAAAGAUGGGGAAGCUUCAGGAAUUUCAGAUCACUCUAAACAACAACAAAGUGGUUUAUAGUCCUGGUGAAUCCAUUUCCGGGACGGUGAAGAUCUCCACUGCUCAGCCUAUCCAAUGCAAAGCAAUCAAGGUGAACUGCCACGGGUCCUGCGGCGUGACCAGCAAAGUGAACGACACGGACUGGCUCGAGGAGGAGCAGUACUUCAACAGCUCUCUCUCCGUGGCUGAUAAAGGCACUCUGAAACAGGGUGAACACAUAUUCCCCUUCAAGUUUCUCAUACCAGCCACAGCUCCAACGUCAUACGAAGGGUCAUAUGGAAAGAUUAUGUACAAAAUUCGAGCAUUUAUCGACACGCCUCGCUUCUCAAAAGACUACAAGACAGAGAAGCCCUUCUACAUGCUGAACAACGUUAACCUUAAUGAAGUGCCUGACAUCUAUGAGCCAAACUCUGCAAAUAUAACUAAGAAUUUCACAUAUAUGCUGGUGAAGAAUGGGACGGUGGUCCUGGUGGCUAAAACGGACCAGCGUGGAUACACUGCAGGUCAGGUCAUUAAAGUGUCCACAGAGAUCGACAACCAAUCGGGGAAGAACACGGGCCAUGUUGUGGCUUGUUUAAUUCAGAGAGUGACAUAUCACACGAAGAAACCGACACAUGAAGUGAGAACGAUAGCAGAAGUGGAGGGAGCUGGAGUGAAGGCAGGCAAACAGGCCGAGUGGAAAGAGCAGAUUAUCGUUCCUCCUCUUCCACAGUCAUCUCUGGCUGGAUGUAACCUCAUCGAGAUGAACUAUUUCAUCCAGGUCUCUUUGAAGUACCCGGAAAUGUUACUGACGCUGCCAAUUCAUAUCGGGAACAUUGCAGUUGAUCCGAGUCUCCGUCCUCCUCCUAAAGCCACCAAAGCCUCCAAGACAGCUCCCACUCCAGCACCACGGACUAACCCAGGAUCUCCUACAUCAGUGAACGCCCCUGCUGCUUCUCCUCCUCCAUCCUCCUCCCCCAGCCUGCCUCCCCGGCCCGCCCCCCGGCCCCGGCCCCGCAGCAUGUGUGUCACUCCGAGCGCGCCCCCAGCAGAGCCAGACAUGAUGGGAGCCGGGGAUCGGCAGAGCGAAGAGAUUUCUACUAAGGUCCACUCUCAGCAUCAGGGUCCCAUGUCUCCCAGCGCUUUUAGCUACGCCCCGGGCCUCGUGUUCCCACAGAGUAACAGCAACCCUUCUGCGCCUCACUUCUCCCUCUCUACCGGUGCCACCAUCCCCUUCUUUACCGAAGGAAACGGCCCACCCGUGCCCACCUCCUGCCCCUUCAUCCUGCCUCCGGAUUAUAGAAGCUCAGCACAACCGCUUGAGCCUCCACCAGCUUAUGAAGACAGCUUUCUCACCACAUAAAUGAUCUCUGCUCUGUACUAAACAACAGCUGAUGACUCAUUUUGGGACUGACGUCCUUUCCUAACCACAUUUACUGCACUUUUUGGACAUUGUAUUCACACUGGAAGUCCGUGAUCAGAGCAAACAGGUUCACUGAAAGAUUUCUUUGUGAAGCGUGGAGUGGCAUGUUAACUCCAAUAUUCUCUAACUCUGAAUAUCUUAACAUUUUGAUUCUUCUUGUUUUUUUUCUUAUUCUUCUUGUUCAUGGGAGAUAUUGUGUUCAUUUUUAUUCGUUGUAUACAUUGGUUUAUAGCCACUGAAAAAUGUUGGUGUUUUAAAUUAACAAAUAAAAAUGUUAUUUUAUGAUUUCACCUCUUACAGGCAUUAGUAAUGGGUCCUGUUUCAUUUUAAAAAAGUUUUUAGAGGUUGAACUAAACAAUUUUGUUUUUAAUACACUGCAAGUUUCUAGGAAAUAAAGGAAAUAACUUUUAUUUGCUUUUCAUUAGCUUUCCUUUUUCUCUGUGCUUCAACUGAAGAUACUUGUGAAACGUAAGCGCUAUUAUUUUCCAGUCAUUUAAAUACAGACAAGAAUUAAUACUUUGAUUUCAGUACCAAAUGCAAUAAACUGUAAAAUAACGUUGUAAUAAAACUGUUUUUAAUAAAACA